AACAUGAAGGCUUUCUAUCAGCUCUGCAUUCUCAUUGGCCUGGUGAUCAAGACUCACUCAGGUCCAGUACCACCAUCUAUUGGCAAGGAGGAGGAGGACCUGGCAAAGAAUUACCUGAAGAAGCUGUAUAACAUGAAAGAGGAGCACACACGGUCCGCUCGGUCCACUGACCACUCAGUCAGUGAGAUGAGUGAGAAGCUGAGGGAGAUGCAAAAGUUUUUCGGGCUGAAAGUGACCGGAACUCUGGACACUAAAACGCUGGAGGUGAUGAAGAAGCCUCGCUGUGGGGUUCCAGACGUGGGUGCGUAUGCUUCUGCUUCUGGAAGCUACAGAUGGACUAAAAACGAGCUGACCUACAGUAUUGAGAACUACACUCCUGACAUGUCUCAGGCUGAAGUGGACAGUUCCAUUGAGAGAGCUUUCCAAGUCUGGGCUGACGUCACUCCCCUCAGGUUCACCCGCAUUUACAGUGAUGGAGCCGACAUCAUGAUCUCCUUCGUUGUCGGAGAUCAUGGCGAUGGGUCCCCAUUCGAUGGACCGAAUGGUUUAUUGGCUCAUGCCUUUCCCCCGGCUCCUGGCAUUGGUGGAGACGCCCAUUUUGAUGAUGAUGAGACCUUUACCUUCUCUUCUUCUAAAGGCUACAACCUGUUCCUGGUGGCUGCCCAUGAAUUCGGACACUCCUUGGGCCUUGAUCAUUCCAGUGAUCCUGGUGCUCUGAUGUUUUCAAUGUACAGCUUCAGAGAUGUUAAGAAAUUUCUUCUGCCCCAAGACGACGUCAGUAGAAUUCAGGCUAUCUAUGGUCCAAACCCUGAUAAACCUGUCGACCCUGAGAAGCCUGUCCCCACACCUCCAGUCACCCCUAAUGCCUGCGACCCUAAGCUGGUCCUGGAUGCAGUUACGAUGUUCCGUGGAGAGAUGAUGUUCUUCAAGAAAGGCUUUUUCUGGCGUAAUCACCCUCAGAGUUCUGAGCCUGAGCAACGUCUGAUCAAGAGCUUAUGGCCUGAGGCUCCGGAUAAUAUUGACGCUGCUUAUGAGAGCCCAUCGGAUUACUUGGUGUACCUCUUUAAAGGUCAGAAGGUCUGGGCUAUGCAUGGUUAUGAUAUUGUAAAGGGGUUUCCUAAGACCCUCAGCAGCAUGGGCCUGCCCCCUAAAGUGAAGAAGAUCAGCGCCGCCCUUUAUGACAAGGAGACCGGAAAGACGCUGUUCUUUGUUAACAAGUAUUACUACAGCUAUGAUGAGAUCAAGAAGAAGAUGGACAAAGGUUACCCUAAACGGGUGGAAGACCGCUUCCCGGGAAUGACCGGGAAAAUUACUGCAGCUUUUCAGUACAGGGGUUUCACCUACCUCUUCAGUGGACCACACGUGUUUGAGUUCGGCUAUGGAAGACUUCUACAAGUGACUGAGAACAACUACUUAUUACCAUGCUAAUCAUUCAAGGUUAUGUACCACGCAGGCAGUGGUGCAGUAGAGUGUUAAAAUAAUAUUAAAUUGUAGAGUAAAUUAUACAGUAAUUUAAAAGCUUUAAAUCAUUUUUUAAUAAUUGAAUUAUUGCUUUAUUGUUUUCAGUGUUCCUUUACACAUUUUAUGCCCCUUGUUUUUUUCUUGUCCUUUGAAUAGUUACAACUCUCUGUUCUAAUUUUAUAAUUUUAAUAAAAUUUUCAUGGACGAUUAAAAAGUACUGUGAGAUUACUGUUUUAUGACAAUUUCCAAAUGUCACUGGAAACUAAACACACUAAGUAAGCCAAAGUAGAGCACACGAAAACAAAGGACAUAACUGAGCAUGUUGCAUUAUUAUCUUAACCCACUUUCACAAUAGCCAUAAAAGACUAUUUCCACCAGUUUUGGAGCGCCAACAGUUGAAUUAUGCAUUUUUUCCUUUAAAACAUUGACAUAAUGCUGUUUUUUUUGAUGCAAAUGUGCAAAAUUUACAAAACCAGAAGCUUUCUUUGUAGGUGAGAAAGCAAGUCAACAUUUAUAAAAGUGCUUUUAUUGUGUUUAAAUGCUAUUUUUUAUUGUAGAAGCCCACCCCUCCUGUGAUGAUGUUAGUUAGACCGGACACAUCACCAAGUGCUUUUGAUACACCUGACCUCAACGUAAAUAGUUACAAACCUGUAAGAAUAUGUAUAUAUCACAAUUG